GCUCUGACCGAGGUCAUCCGCGAGACCCGCCGCCUCCUCGCCUCCCUCGUCCGCUCCAAGCCCGCCGCCUGGGCCCCCGCCGUGGCCUCGUGGGCCGUCGACCUCCUGGGCCGCCUCAGCAGCAAGUACCCCCCCCCGGCCUCGUCCCCCCCCCCCAGGGGGGGGCUCAACGACCUCCUGCAGCUCUGGACCUCCUGCGAGACCACCCGCACCCUCCUGGACAUCUACGGCCAGUGCUUGGCUUCCCUGGUGGCCACCUGCCCGGACGCCUGCGUCGACGUCUUGCUCGACACCUCGGUCCAGCACUCCCCCCACUUCGACUGGGUCGUGGCCCACGUGGCCGCCGCCUUCCCCGGCGCCGUCAUCGGCCGCGUCCUCGCCUGCGGCCUGCGAGAUUUCUGCUCCGAGGGCGGGGGGGGGACCACGAUGGCCCUGAUGACGUCCCCCGGCGACAAGCGGCUCCCCCCCAAGCUGGCUUCGGUGGUGGGCAUCCUCGGCCACUUGGCCUCCGGCCACGCCGCCGGCGUCCGCCGCGAGCUCCUGCGGCUCUUCCACGCCGGCCUGGCCCCGGCUCAGCCCCGGGGGGCCGUGGUUUUCCUCCUGCAGCUGGCCCUGCUGUCCCCCCCCCUGCUGGGGGUCGUCUCGGCCGAGCUGGUGGAUUCCCUCACCCCCCCCGUCCUGGCCCAGCUCCACCAACGUUUCUCCCCCCUGCCCCGCGACGACCUGGAGGGGCUGGCGGGGGGCUUGGUGAGGCUGCUGGCCCAGACGGCCGACGGCGCCCCCCGCGCCCUCCGCUUCCUCCUCGACGCCGCCGCCCCCCCCGCGGCCCCGCCAGCCCCCCAAAACGACCCCCCCCCGGUCCCCGACGGCGUCCGCGACGCCUGCGAGCGCCUCGUCCUCCUCCUCCUCCUCCACCUCCAGAAGCUGGUGCACGGCCGGGGGGGGACGGGAACGGCAGCAGCAGCAGGAGGAGGAGGAGGAGGAGGAGGAGCGGGGGGGGGUCCCGGAGACCCCCCCCAGCGCCCCGUCCCCUUCCUGGAGGCGCUGCGGGGCCACGUGCGGGACCUGUGCCUGGAAGCCCUGCGGCUGGAACGCAAGCGCUGCCUCUGGCUCCACCAGCUCCUGGGGCUCCUGGCCGUCUACGCCGCCCCCCACGGAGCCCCCGACGCCUUCUUCCACCUCCUGGCCUUAGCCCGGGGCCCCGAGCAGCUGGCCCUGGCCACCCAGCUCCACGCCGUGCUGGCCCCCAGCCUCGCCGACCUCCCCUCGGCCGCCGCCUCCGCCUGCGUCCGCCAGCUCCACGCCGGGGCCCUGCCCCCCCCGCAGCUCGCCCGCCUCCUCCGCAACCUGGCUGCCUUGACGGGGGGCGGGGGUCGCCCCCCCCUCGAAGAAGACCCCCUGGCUCCUCAGCUGGCCUCGGCCCUGGCCCGACACCUCCCGGAGCUGGCCCGGCUCCUCCUUCACCCCCACCCCGCCGCCUCCGCCGCCGCCGCCGCUCUGCUCUGCGCCCUCCCCGCGCCCCCCGCCCUGCGCCCGGCUCAGCUCCACGCCGUGCUCCGCGCCGCCGUCCACCACUUCUUCCUCCUCCUCCGCCGACGCUGCCGACACCCCCCGGCUUUCGGGGCCGCCCCCCCCGCCGAAGACCCCCCCCCGCCC